AUGAGCAAAUAUCUUUCAAAUUUAGCUGUCGUUGUUCUCUUCGCUGCCCUUGCAGCUGCACAAGCUAGUCUUAUUGGAGCCGGAUAUGGAGUGGGAGCUGGGUAUGGGUAUGGAGCCGGAUAUGGAUUGGGAGCCGGGUAUGGAUAUAGAGCCGGGUAUGGAUUAGGUAGUGCAUCAGCCUUUGUUGGAAAAGCUAACGUUCCAGCAGUCUCCUCCUCCAGAACUACCAUCAACCACGUCACUCCUGUUGGAACUGCUGCUGCUCCCGUCGCCUUGGCUGCUGCCCCUGUCGCUGUGGCUGCUGCACCACUGGGUCUUGCUGGUCACGGAGUUUCUGCCGCUCCUCUCGCUUAUGGAAACGGAUUGAUCAGUAACGGUCUUCUCGGUACCGGUGUAGUAGGCCACGGAAUCGCUGUUCCCCGCCUUGCUAAUGACAACGGGCUUCUCGGUCUGGGAGCUGGAAACCUGGCUCUUGGAGGUGGACAUGGCAAGGCAAUCUUGUAA